AUUUGCAGUAUAGUGAAGACUUUUACAUCAUGUAGCUAUAAACUUUCAAAGAAAAGCGUUAAUUAAUGGAAUAAGUAGGUCGACCAGUUAGAAUUGGUGCUAUGCUGUACUAAACGUUGUAUAUGAGCGUCAGAUUACUUCCAACGUUGGUCACAUGCAUGCUGCCAUACUCGGCUGUGUGCUUACAAACGUUCUUCUACAGUGGACAUUCAACUAUCGGACAACUUGAGCGCGAGGAUGGAAUCACACCGAGGAAGAAACGCCAACAACAUGUGGAAACGCUUGAAAGAUCUGUUACUAGAUCUUCAUUUAAAUUCAGAUCGUCUGUUUUAUCGUAUUGGCUUAAGCAUUGGAAAACGGCCCUGGCUGUGGUUGCUGGUAUGUUUCUGCAUAAAUUGUAUCUGCGCGCCUGGACUGAUUUUCUGGAGGGAAGAGCUCGAUGAUAUCGAGCUCUUUGUGCCCGAAGAUUCCAUAAUACGUAACGACGCCGCCUGGGUGAAGACACACUUCCGGGACGAUUUCCGAUACGAAAGUAUCAUCGUCACAGCCCCCAACGUUUUAGAGCCGGAAGUGCUGCGCUCGGUACAUAGGCGAUCAUGAAUUAUACGAGUAUUUAUGAAGAUUAGCAAAAUAGAGCAAGCAGUAAAAUCUAUCGUGGUAAAUAAUAAUACUUGGGAAGAUGUGUGUGCAGGAUAUUUCACAUGGUUCAAUGUGGAGAAUACAACGGAAAUCUUCGAGGAGAUCAUUGGAUCCAACUUGGCAGAAUUUAAGGAUAAGAUACAAAAAAAUGGAUGUAUAUAUCAAUCUGUCAUACAACUUUGGGAAACUAGUUUAAUGAAAGAUAUUCGUAAUUUGACAAAAAAAGAGGUACUUGAGGAUGUGACCAAAGCAAUCAAACACAAGAUCAACGAUAAUAUUCUAUUAGAUAUUACGCCUCUGUUCUCCGGUAUUAUUUAUGAUAAAAAAGGUCGGGUUAAAGGCGCCAAUGCUACAAUUUUGAAUUGGAUGUUAAAAAAAUCUAAUCCGAACUCGGCCAAUUGGGAAUUAGAGUUCAUAAAUCGAGUUCUCCAUUCAAAUAUCACGUUUCCUCCAGGAAUGGAGAUACAUGCGAUAGCUUCACGAAGUUAUAUAGAUUCUUUACAUCAAAUACUAAAUAGUAAUCUUACAGUAUUAUGUUGCGGAAUAUCUUUGAUUGCGGUCUAUGUAAUGGUUAUGAUUGGUAAAUGUAAUGCAUUAGAACAACGAAUUUAUCUAUCAAUAAUGGGGGUGUUUGUGGUUGGUCAGGCGAUUUUAUCCUCUUACGGAGUAUGCUAUUACUUGGGUUAUUCUUAUGGUCCUAUACAUUCCAUUCUUCCAUUUCUGUUGCUUGGUAUAGGUGUCGAUAAUAUGUUUGUGAUUAUGCAAAGUUUGAUAAAUCUUCCUGAAACAGAUCAAUCCGCAGCAAUUCCUAUACGUAUUGCUAAAGCUAUUCAACAGGCUGGAAUGUCAAUCACAGUGACAUCUUUCACAAACAUAAUUGCGUUUGCUUUCGGAAUUACAACUGUGAUGCCGACAUUAAGAUCCUUCUAUGCAUUUGCCACAUUAGGAAUUCUAUUUUUAUACAUAUAUGAAAUCAUAUUCUUCGUAAGUUGUCUCGUAUAUGAUGAAAAAAGACUCGAAGCCCGCAAAGAUGGUUGUUUCUGUCGACCAAAACUAAAUUGGAAACCCAACGAAUGUAGUCAAAGGAACACGCAACAAAUUAUCUUUGAGAAUUAUAUCGGUCCAGGUAUCACCAAAACUACAACAAGAGUAAUUAUUUUGCUAAUCACUGCCAGUUGUCUAUGCGUUAAUACAUGGGCAGUGUUUCAAUUGGAGCAAAAUUUCGAUCCUCUUUGGUAUUUAAAUCAAGACUCUUAUCCAAUCCAGUUUAAUGAUAAAUUAAAGCAAUAUUUUCCAAAGUAUGGAAAACGAGUAGGAAUUUAUAUGACUGGCAUAGAUUAUUAUGAAGAUCGUAAAUCUCUUUCUGAAUUGGUAGAAGUUUUAAAACACAAUAAAUUUAUUAAUAAUAAUACUCUUGAUCCAUGGUUUAUUGCUUAUGAAAAAUGGCUUAAUGUCACUAAUAAAGGCGAUAUAGAUAGCAGCGAAGAAUAUUAUAACAUUUUGACAGAAUUUUUACUUUUGACAAAGGAAGGUCAAGCAUAUAUUAAGGAUAUCAAUUUCGAUAAAUUACCGGCUGGAGAAUAUAAUAUAACGACAUCACAAAUUCCUAUUCAACACGUUAUGAUUAAUACAACAUCGGAACAAAUACAAGCAAUGCAACUUAUCAGAGAGUCAAUUCAAGCGAUAAAUUUUUCUCAUGGACAUGAUUAUAUAGCAAUUUUUUCUCCUGAUUAUGUUUCAUGGACAGCAAAUAAAGUCAUAGGAGAAGAAUUAAUUAGAAAUUUAGGCUUGGAAAUUCUGACUAUCGGAGUAGUAAUAUUGAUAUUUCUUAGAAAUUUACAAACAUCAUUUUGGGUGAUUUGUUGCGUAUUCUUUACGCUUAUUGAUUUAUUAGGUACUAUGUAUUUUUUGAACUUAACUAUUGAAAUGUCCUCAAGCAUUAUGAUUCUGUUAUGUGUGGGACUAGCAGUUGAUUAUGCAGCACAUAUGGGAUUAGAAUUUAUACGUGCAAAAGGCAGCAAAAAAGAACGUGCAAUAGAAACACUUUCUAUUAUUGGUCCAGCUGUGUUUAAUGGAGGUUUGAGUACAUUUUUAGCAUUUGUUUUACUAGGUUCUAGUGAUGCUUAUCUUUUCAAUACUUUUUUUAAGUUAUUUACUUGUGUAGUGAUAUUUGGUCUGUUUCAUGGAUUAUUAUUUUUACCAGUAAUUUUAAGUUUAUUAGGUCCUGAAGAAAGAAUAAAAAAAGAAAAAAAUGAAACUGUUGUAAAAGAACAAAAUGGAUAUUGUAAUGUUCCUCUAUCUCAAAGUGAGAAAGAAAUAAUAACUGAAACUGCCAAAUAAAUUUUGACAAUAUUCCAAAGACUGCUUAGAUAAGUAAUUGGUUACAAAAUUCUAGAAUACAUUGCAAUUACAAAAUGCACAUGUACUGUAAAACAGUAGUUUAUAUAUUCUUUGUUAAUCUGUUCUUUUGUAAAAAAAAAAGGAAAAAAAUAAAAAAAG